AUGGCCUUAGGCAAUAGUUCUGGAGACAUCUCGGAUCUAGGAGCGUGGGCCCUAGAUCUGGAGAAUGUUCGGCGCCAAGUUGCCGAGCCUCCAAAAUACCUAACCAUGCGCUGCGCACCAGCACGUCUGCCUAGAGCAUUGAGAACCUUCUUCGACUAUAACAUAUUCUUUGGGUUCAACUUCUGUUGCACUGUAGCCGUGUUCAACACAAGCAACGCUCUCGCGACAGAAUAACUGUGUAUCUGGUGCCAUAUGUACUUGAACAUGUUGAACCACUCAGGAUAUCCCUUGAUGAUGGUCAAAACCCAGUAGACCACCUAAACUCUUUAAUUCUGUAGUCAAAAUAAACACUGCGAGGGUCCGUGAUUUGAGAUGUGGAGAUAAGAAGAGGACUACCUGCAGAUUACAGUAACUCGCGGAACUCUAUACAAUGCCAAAGGAACCAAACGAGCAGAAGUCACCCAAGUCCCCAACCUCACCCAAGAAGAUGAUGCGACAGAAACGAGACCGGCGCAAAAAGAGCCUCUUACGAAAGGCCUACGAAUACAGCAAGCUGUGUGAUG